AUGCAGAAGCUAGGGUUUCCAAGCAUGAAGAGCUUGGAUCAAUUGAAGUGGCUGCGCGGAUCGGUCUCUGGAGCUGCAAAGACCUUCUCCUUCUCAUCGCGUCCUCCCGGAGAUUCUGUGUCAUCAGGAAGUUUCGCAAAUUUGAAGCUCACUGCAGAGAAAUUGGUGAAAGAGCAAGCUUCCGUAAAGACUGAUCUAGAAAUGGCGAACAAUAAGCUGAAAAAAUCAAUGGAGCAUAUCCGUGCGUUGGAAGAAAAGCUGCAAAAUGCAUUUAACGAGAAUGCGAAGCUUAAGGUGAAGCAGAAAGAAGAUGAGAAGCUGUGGAAUGGAUUAGAGUCGAAAUUUUCUUCAACUAAGACUUUGUGCGAUCAACUCACUGAAACAUUACAGCAAUUAGCGAGCCAGGUUCAUGAUGCCGAAAAAGAUAAAGAGUUCUUUCAAGGCAAACUAUCUGCAAGUGCAAUAGCUCUUGAUAAUUUGAAUCAACAGAUGAACGGCCUGUCUCUAAAAUUAGACUCUGCAGGGGAAACUAUUAGAAAGCGCGAAAAGGAGCUGGAGGAACUGAAAAUCAAGAAAGAAGAAAGGGAUAAGUGUUGCAGAGAUGAAAUGUGCAGAACAACCGUUCUCAUAGAGGAAAAAG